GCAAUACGAAUAAUAAGAAUAUUAUCAAACUGAUUUUUGUUUAUUUGUCUGUGUUAUUUUUAUGAUUCAUUCAACAAGUUCUAAUCAUCAAUCGCUCAUCUAAUUAUUACAUGUCAAAUAUGCAUCAUUCUCGACAAUUAUUGUGUGAUAUUGGUUCGGUUAAAAAUUGGCAACGUGUUCAAACUCUUGGAUCGGGAACAUUUGCCACCAUCACCUUAUGGGUGAAUAAAGAUACCGAUGAACGUAUUGCGUUAAAACAAAAUUACAUGGAUGUUGAAAGAUAUAGUAAAAAACAAAUAACUUAUUACUACGAAAGAUGGCAACAAGAAAUUACAUUCAUGAAACAAUUAAAAUGCGAAAACGUCGUAAAAGCAUUGGAAUUGCCCAAAGAAUUCAGUAAAUUAUCAUUGGGGAUGCCCAUUUUAGCGAUGGAAUAUUGCAGUGGAGGAGAUUUACGAAAAGUAUUGAAUGAACCAACAAAUUGUUGUGGUUUGAGUGAGAAAGAAGUGAGACAAAUAUUAAAACAAAUCUCAUCGGCAAUUAAUUGUCUACAUAAUCUCAAUAUUGUUCAUAGAGAUUUGAAACCGGAAAAUAUUGUUCUGCAACCAUUGCCUCAUGGUAAAAUUUUAUAUAAAUUAACCGAUCUUGGAUAUGCCAAACAAUUAUCAGAAACAACAUCGGCGAAUUCAUUUGUCGGCACGUUUGAAUAUUUGGCACCGGAACUUUUCCUAAACAUACCAUAUACAUCAUCAGUGGAUAAUUGGAGUUUUGGAGUGAUUGCAUAUGAAAUCAUUACUGGAAGAAGGCCAUUUUUACCUAAUCAUCCUGUUACCGAAGUAUUAGAAGCAAUAAAGAAGAAAAAAUCUGACGAUAUUUGUACAGAAAUCGAUGAAAGAGGAAAUUUUUAUUAUUCAAAAGAGAUAUCACAGCUUAAUUACAUUAGUAGUAUUCUAAAAAGUGAUUUAGAAAAGUGGUUAAAGACUGUCCUUCAAUUUGAUCCUAAAAAAAGAGGUGGUCGUGAUGCAUUCAAAGAAAUUAAACAAAUUGUUAACAAACGCAAUGUACAGAUUUUCUCAAUCUUUUCAUAUGAAACAUUUGCCUAUGAAAUAACCGAAGAAACACAUAUAGAUGAUUUGAAAGAGAAAAUAUUUGCAUCAUCCAAUAUAAUACCGGCAAAUCAAUAUUUGUUUUUCCAAAAUGGUGAUCUUCUUAAGGAAAAAAUUGGUCAACAAAUUAUUCAAACAUGGUAUACACCGAAAAGUUGGUUCGACCGAUAUAAUCCUAUCACAAUCAAUAUGUUUGAUUAUUCAAAAGAAGUAAAUUAUCAAGAAUUUUAUAAAUUUCUUUGUUUACCAAAUCGAGUCGAAAUGAUGUUGAUGAAUUGUGAUCAAACAGCAGAUUAUGAUGAAUUAAAAUUUACUUGGCGAAGUUCAGUGUUUGUUGCUCGUCAAACGGUAGCAAAAUAUCGAUUUGUUCAUGAAACAUUAAAAAGUUGUAUACUUAAUGCGAUCACAAUGUUUAAUCGGCUUCAGAAUGAAGAUGCAAUGUUAUACAAUUCAUUGAAUCAAAUGUUUUCAACAAUUAAUGCAAUGGAAAAAUUAUUAAAGAAAAAUUAUUUGAAAUUUUCAAACACUGAAGAAACUAAUGAUGACGUUAAGGACAGUAAUCAUAUAUCAUCAUCAUCAUCAUCAUCAAUAUUUAUGAAGCUCAAAAAUCUUCAUGAUUGGCGUAAUAACAUUUACAUUUCCGGUCACUUUGAACGUAAUGGACAAAUUGUACCUAAAUUCGACAAAGAAAAAUUCAUGUUUGAAGAUUUUUUUCAAUCACCAGAAAUUGAUGAAUCAUUAAUGAACAAAUAUGUUGACAUACAAAAAGCUUACGAUAUGUUACGAAAAUUGAAAAAAGAUGAAUACAAAAAAUAUGCAUCGAAUAAUUUAAUGGUCAAAUUACUUUGUGAUAUUUUUAAACUAGUCGAAACAUUGAUGAAAAAAAUGUUUUCAUUGCUAUCGAUUUUGAUUUCAUUCAUCAGAAAUAUCCGUAAUCAACAACGAGAUUGUCAACGAAUCAAAAUAGAAUUGGAUAAAUGGAAAACAAAUGAGCUUGAAGAAUUACAGCAAAUGAUAUUCAGAAAAACAUAUCAUGAAUAUCCUAGUUCAACUGAAUCAUCUACAGAAUUUCUAGCAUCACAAGUGAUCAGUUUGGAUGGAUGUAAGGAUUCAAUUAAUCGACAGAUUGAAAUAUUAUCCGAAUUUGAACGCGAAAAUUCACAAUGGCAAUCUAAAGCAUUUGUAUUCGAGUCAUUAGAAUUUAAAGAUUUUUUGUUUUAAUAUGAAAAAUUUAAAAUCUUGAAUAUAAAUUCAUUUUGAUAUUUAAAUUCGAAAAACAGUAUUAGCUGUAAUAAAAUUUAUAAAAAA